GCCUGGCACUCACCUCCCUGGUGUCCCCCCCCUCCACCCGCCUUUGCCCGGUCUUUUCCAGAUGCCGGCUACGAGUUCGACAUUUGCUUCACCUCGGUACAGAAACGAGCCAUCCGCACCCUCUGGACCGUCCUGGAUGCCAUCGAUCAGAUGUGGUUACCUGUUAUCCGGACCUGGCGCCUGAACGAGAGGCACUACGGGGCUCUUACUGGUUUGAACAAGGCCGAGACGGCGGCGAAGCACGGUGAGGCGCAGGUGAAGAUCUGGAGGCGCUCGUAUGACAUCCCUCCGCCUCCCAUGCAGUCUGAUCACCCCUUCUACAGCACCAUCAGCAAGGACCGUCGCUACGCUGACCUGACAGAGGACCAGCUGCCAACAUGUGAGAGCCUGAAGGACACCAUUGCCCGGGCUCUGCCUUUCUGGAAUGAGGAAAUUGUCCCGCAGAUCAAAGAGGGAAAGCGAGUCCUUAUUGCUGCCCAUGGCAAUAGCCUGCGUGGGAUUGUCAAACACCUGGAAGGCAUGUCAGAAGAGGCCAUCAUGGAGCUGAACCUGCCCACUGGCAUCCCUAUUGUCUACGAGCUGGACAAGAACCUGAAACCCGUCAAGCCUAUGCAGUUCCUGGGAGAUGAGGAGACGGUGCGCAAGGCCAUGGAGGCUGUCGCUGCUCAGGGCAAGGUCAAGAAGUGAGGGCGGGCAGCGGGCUAGCACGCAGUAGAUGAAUCCCCCGCCAUCCCCCACCCCUCUGUGCACACCCCCCACAGCCGUAGGAACUUGAAGAUGUGGAGCUGGAGCAGCUCCCCAGGAUUAGGCCCGUUCCCUCAGGACCAGGCUCCCCUCUGUAGACAGCCCGGGGACCCAGGGGAAGAGGCUGUG